AUGGUUUCUGCUACUAGUUACUUGGCUUCACUAAUGAUAUUUUCGGUUGUACUUAUUUCAAUCGUAUCUGGUAAAAUGGGUAUGACGGUGGCAAAAGUGUCUCAUCAAAAUGAUUUGGCCAUUGAUUUCAUUCAGUGUGAUACCACCAAGGGCUGUAAUCCUUAUGCAGGUGAUACCGAUUGUAGCACAAAACUACCUGUUCUCUGUAAACAAGUUGAUCAAUCACCACGUCCAGCCUAUGCUAUGAUAUGCACUGCUAAUGCAAUGCCAAAAGAGUUCUAUUGUGGUUGGACAAUGGGUUACAUUGCAACAACUCCAAAAGUUGCAGGUUCUUCAUUUGCAUCUAUCAAAGAUGUUGAUGCAUAUUGUGCAAAUACACUUGGUCCAGGAUGGGUUACAGCUGAGUUUCAUGAUAGUCGUUAUAUUCCAGGAAUGAAUGGUGCAACAUAUGCAAAUGCACAGUGGAAGCAAUGGGGUGCAAGCAAUGGAAAUAAUUAUGCAAGCGGAGGAUGGGGGUAUUAUUCGUAUGGAAAUGUUCGUAGUGAUACUCGAUUUUGGAUGGAUAUUAUUGGUCAACCAACAACAUGUUGGUCUCGCUAA